AUGUCGUUAUUCAACUUCACCACCAAAAAGCACAUUCCAACACUGGUCUCAGGUCUGGUUUUUUCCCUCGCUGCUAGCCUGAGCACUCUCGUUUUUGCGAUCCUUCUUGGAAAAAUCUUCAACUCAUUCAUGGUAUUCGGUGCUGGGGAAAUAUCCAGCCAAGACUUGAUCAAGGGUAUAACUACAGACUGUAUCGGACUGGCAGGCCUGGGAGCUGCAGGCUGGGUUCUAAAUGCAGGAUAUUUUACUCUCUUCGUUGCGUUUGGUGAGCUUCAGGUUGCCAACGCUCGUGGAAGAGUCUUUGAAAGGUUGUUGAAGAGAGACUUGCAAUGGUUCCAAACGCAGCAGGACGGCACUGGGGCCUUUUUAUCUUCCCUCCAAGCCCAAAUCCACGAUUUACAAAUGGCAACAUCACAGCCUCUGGGACUUGUCGUUCAUUAUUCCUUCCGAUCCGUCGCAUCGCUACUCCUAGCCCUUUAUACCUCCUGGAAGCUGUCCUUGGUUACACUCGCGGGUAUUCCGAUAUUUUCAGCCAUUGUUGGGUUUAUUUCGCCGAGGAUGACACCGAACAUCGAAGCACAGCAAGCUGAGCUUGCCCAUGCGUCGAAGAUUGCCAACAGCGCUAUAAAAUCGAUUGAUACCGUGAAGUCUCUCAAUGGGCAGACAUUCGAGCUCCUAAGCUUUGCAUGCACCAUUGAUCGAGCUUCUACACAAUAUCUUAAACAAGCACGCUUGAACUCCCUUCAAAUAGCGAUGGUUCGAUUGAUGAUGUUUGGGAUGUUCGUUCAAGGCUUCUGGUACGGCUGUUUGCUGGCUGGCUCUGGCGAGCUUUCGGCAAGCCUUGUUCUACGGACAUUCUGGGCUUGCUUAACAGCAGCUCAAUCUAUCGAACUAGUCCUCCCGGAGGUUAUUGUAUUGCGAAAGGGAAAGGUGGCAGCCACUGCUCUGGGGGAAAUCAUAAACCAAACGGGAAGGACUGCCGGUGAAAUGAAAGGGAUUCAUUGUCCCCGAUAUUGUGAGGGUGAUAUUGAAGUGAACAAUGUAUCUUUUUCAUAUUCGUCUCAGCCCGAAAGACCAGUUCUGGAGACUUCGAGCUUCUUUUUCCCCGCCGGAGAGAUGACUUUUAUAACUGGGAAGAGCGGGUCUGGGAAAAGCACUCUUGGAAAUCUACUCACGCGAUUCUACUCACCGAUGUCGGGUGAAAUUCUCAUUGACAACGUGCCAAUCCAGACCCUCAGUAUCAACUGGAUCAGGAACAACAUCACCCUUGUUGAGCAACAAAGCAUUCUAUUCAACGAGUCCAUUCUCACCAACAUUGCUUUUGGUCGUCGAGACUACGACAAGGUCCGGGAGGAAGACGUGCAGAAAUGCAUUGACUUGGCGAUGCUCGAGGAUACGAUUGACAAUAUGCCAAAUGGGAUCGAUACUUGCGUCGGCCAUGGAGGCAACUUCUUGAGCGGUGGACAGAGACAAAGAGUUGCACUUGCAAGGGCCAGACUGAGAGAUACACCGAUUCUCAUACUGGACGAGCCUACCAGUUCCCUGGAUUAUCACAACCGCACGGUGGUGAUGAAGGCAAUCCGAGAGUGGAGAAAAGGGAAGACGACGAUCGUGAUCACGCAUGAUAUGUCACAUAUCCUGGAAAAGGAUUUCGUAUACAUUCUGGAUGAAGGCCAGGUUGUGCAAGCGGGAUAUCGACAUGAGUUGGAGAAUGGCCCAAAGAGUGCAAAGUACUUUCGCUCUGUUACCAAGGAGGACACAUCUCAGGAUACUCGACAGAAUUCUGUUUCCAGCUGCAGUGAAACAAACGACAUUCCCGACUUUGGCACGGAUGUCUCUUCAGUGAUCUCAAUCUCAACAGAUAGCUUUCAUGAUGUGAUGAAAGCCUGUGCUCCUUCGAACAAUGCAUUACAGACAUCAGAAGCAUUUGUCGAUCACGAACCUCGAUCAAAGAUACAGGAAGAGUCGCGACCUUUGUCAAAGUUUUGGAAAAUGAUCCGAAAGAAAAGAAAUGCAAUGUAUGGAAAACGCGACCUUACUACCAGUUCAUCUGAGAUAGAACUUGACAGAAUUCAAGUCAGACCAAAGCACGACCAACUUUCCAGGGUGAGCUCACCGGUCUCGUCACAGACAACGCAAAUAUCUUCGAAUCAAGGGCAGGAACCCUGCACUCAACUCCAGAAUACAGCAUCCAUGGCCCGGAUUAUGUUGACCAUAAUCCCAAACUUGUCUCCCUGGCAGUGUUUCCUUCUCUUUCUGGGUUUUCUAUGCGCUUUGGGACAUGCACUCGCAACCCCUGCCUUUUCAUACUGUCUGUCCCAAUUAUUUUGUGCGUUUUAUGACCGAGGGAGAACAACCCAAUUGGCGAUGAAAUGGUCAUUAGCCGUUCUUGGAGUUGCCAUUGGAGAUGGGACUGUAUCGUUUUUUAUGCACUACUUCCUAGAGUUAUGUGGCCAAGCUUGGGUUGAUGGUCUCCGAAAGAAAGCAUUUUGUCGUGUUUUAGACCAGCCUCGAAUGUGGUUUGAGGAUGAGAGAAAUAGCCCCUCGAAGCUCACCGCGUGUCUCGAUCAAAACGGGGAAGAUAUGCGAACUAUCAUUGGACGGUUUGCUGGCUUUGUGCUUGUUGCUGCUACAAUCGCCAUCGUGGCUGUUGCGUGGAGCUUUAUUGUCUGCUGGAAGCUGAGUAUUGUUGCACUGGCUUGUGGUCCUGUCAUAUAUGCAAUCACCAGAGGCUUCGAGGGCACCAGUGGGCUUUGGGAGAAACGAUGCAAUGAGGCAAAUCGGGUUGUAUCGGAUAUCUUUGUGGAGACAUUCUCGGAAAUACGCACCGUGAGGUCGUUGACGCUUGAGUCUUUCUUUCAUAGGAAGCAUGUGAGGGCUGCCUCGAGGUGUAUGAGGAUAGGAUUGAGGAGAGCUGGAUAUACGGGGUUUCUAUUUGGUCUGGUAAUGUCCACUGUGGUGUUUGUGAGCGCAUUGAUAUUUUACUACGGAGCAGUCCUGGUAUCAUCUUCGGAGUAUACAGUCAAGGAUAUAACGACUGUAUUCUCGAUGCUUCUAUUCAGCAUUGGUUAUGCGAGUACGGUACUAUCGUGGAUCCCACAAAUCAGCAUCUCGCGAGAUACAGCAGCCCAGCUUCUACGACUUGCCAACCUUCCUCAAGGAGCAUCCCAUGAGUAUCUCGGCAAUGUAGAAAUCUCCAAAGUGGCCCCGGUGAAACUUAAAAAGUUGAACUUCCGAUACCCCUCGCGAUCUGAUGCGCUCGUACUGCGAAAUGUUUUCAUCACCAUUCCCCAAGACUCGUGCACUGCUAUCGUGGGACGCUCAGGAUCGGGCAAGUCAACGAUAGCAUCAUUACUGCUGUCUCUAUACGAGGCGCCAUUGUCCAAAUAUGGAGCGCCUACUAUCUCCCUGGGUGGAGUGGACAUUCGAAACCUACACACCCCAACGCUCCGAUCCAUGAUAUCGAUCGUAUCCCAGCAACCCACGAUCUUCCUGGGGACCAUCCACGCGAACAUCAGCUACGGACUGGACGAAGACUCGCCACUGAGCACAUUACACAACGUACGAGCCGCAGCUAAAGCAGCCGGGAUCGACGAGUUCAUCUCCUCCCUCCCGAGCGGAUACUCUACACUAAUUGGAGACGGAGGCGUUGGUCUAUCGGGAGGCCAAGCACAACGAGUAGUCAUCGCUCGAGCGCUGGUCCGUCGACCGCAGAUUCUCAUCCUGGAUGAGGCGACGUCGAGUCUUGAUCGAGGCAGCGCGGAGGUGAUUCGGCAGACGGUUCAGAAGCUCGUUGCUGCUCAGCUAGGACUGACGGUGAUUAUCAUCACGCAUGCACGCGAGAUGAUGGAGAUAUCAGAUAAUGUGAUCGUUAUGGAGGAGGGGGCUGUUAUUGAAGAGGGAGGGUAUUAUGAGCUUUUGAAACGGCCAGGAGGGGCAUUGAGGGCCUUGAUUGAAGAUGAAUGA